UUCGUCGUCCUCCUCCUCCUCCUCCUCCUCCUCCUCGUCCCCGGGCCUCCCGCCUUCCCUCCCGCCGCGGGGCGGUGAGCGGGCAGCGAGCGGAGCGCUGCGGGCCGCGGGAAGAUGGUGGGCGUGAAGGUCGUGGGCGCCGACCCGGAUUUCCAGCCCGAGCUCAGCGGCGCCGCCGCCCGCCUCGCCGUCGUCAAGUUCACCAUGAGAGGAUGUGGACCUUGUUUAAGGAUAGCACCGGCUUUCAAUGCUCUGAGUAAUAAGUAUCCCCAGGCAGUCUUUUUGGAAGUGGAUGUACAUCAGUGCCAGGGAACGGCUGCUACCAACAAUAUUUCGGCAACACCCACGUUUCUCUUUUUUCGGAACAAAGUGCGAAUCGACCAGUAUCAAGGAGCGGAUGCUGUGGGAUUGGAAGAAAAAAUAAAACAGCAUUUAGAAAAUGACCCUGGAAAUAAUGAAGACACUGAUAUUCCAAAAGGCUAUAUGGAUUUGAUGCCCUUCAUUAACAAAGCUGGUUGUGAAUGCCUUAAUGAAAGUGAUGAGCAUGGAUUCGAUAAUUGCUUACGGAAAGAUCCUUCUUUCUUGGAAUCUGACUGUGAUGAGCAGCUGCUUAUUACUGUGGCUUUCAAUCAGCCUGUCAAGCUUUAUUCUAUGAAAUUUCAAGGCCCUGAUAAUGGUCAAGGACCCAAGUACGUGAAAAUCUUCAUCAACCUUCCCCGGUCUAUGGAUUUUGAAGAAGCGGAAAGAAGCGAGCCAACUCAAGCCCUGGAACUAACACAAGAUGAUAUUAAAGAAGAUGGUAUCGUCCAGCUUCGCUAUGUUAAAUUUCAGAACGUUAAUAGUGUAACUUUAUUUGUCCAGUCUAAUCAAGGUGAAGAGGAAACGACAAGAGUUUCAUAUUUUACAUUUAUUGGGACUCCAGUGCAGGCAACAAAUAUGAAUGACUUCAAAAGAAUAGUACACAUUGGCAAGUUGCGAGCUAUCACCCUGUGACCCAGUAGUAGGCAAGAAAGGAGAAAGCCACUAAGAUGUAAAAGACACUGGAAGGCCUUAUUGCAAUCUAAUGGAUCAUCACUUUAUCUCCAGCUCCUGGAUAAUUGCUUGACACUAGCCAGAGACUGUCAGUGUUUCAUUUAAUGUCAUUACCAAUAAAUCAUUGCUUUUCUUCACAUGGUUUCACUAGUGUUUCUAUUGUUAUCCUGAUACGUGUAUUUGUAAAUAAAAGUCAUUACUUUUACCAAAUUUAAUUUUUGUCAUUCUAGUGUAUAAGGUGUUUUUCCCUCCCAUUUCUUUCCAAACUGAAUGACUGAAACUUCAUCAAUCCCAUAUCAUUUUGGCUGAUGCAGUUGAUUUUUAAAAUGUGAAAAUCUAAACUGCCAGUUGAGGAAAUUGUCAUUUGUAGAGGGGCAUUCUAAACUGUAGAAAAAACUUGAAUCUACAUGAACCAGGCCUGUAUUAGCUAUAAUUUCUACUAAAGAAUAAGAAGACACCGUUAUCUGGGAUAUGGUUACGUAAAGUUCACACCAUAUUUUGAAUAAUCGGAUUUAGAAAAUGACGCAUCCCCUCCAAUUAGGUGAGGGGACCGUAAAUUCGAAGAACUAACUUUAACUGUCACUGCGCAAGAAUUUUGUUUCUCUUCUCCAGUAGAGUUUUUACUUAAACGUAUUUGAUUUCCCAUUAUACGUAUUGGAGUGGUUAGAUUGAAAGUAAUGCAAAGUUUAAUACAGUGGAGCUGAAGGUUCUUUCAAUAUUUUAAAAAUUUCUGUUCUUAGUUAGCUACCCAACCACACAAUGCAUGUACAAAGACCACAAUCCAGGAUCAAAGACUCGGGGCUGGGGGGGGUAGUCAGAUACAUGUGUUUUGCUAAUAAUUUAAAGGACUCUUCCUAUGACAACUUGUUACAGUUCUUUGAUUCUACAUACUCUGGUCUUCCAAGUGUUAAAAUUUCUGGGUCAGUUUGAGCUAAAAUCUAAAAACACUGGAAUUUCAUUUAAUUAAAUGUCAGUGAAUUCACUUGAAAUUUCCAACUUUCACCAGGAACUUAAUAUACAGCACAAGUAAUCACGGUGUCGGUAAUUAAAAAAAAUUAAAUUCUGCCGCUCUAAGGAACUUUGCUUUUUUCUUAGGAAUGCUCUAGUGAUGCUCUGUUUUGGUUUUGUGAGGUUUCUGUUUAAAUAUACAACUUUCUGUGUAAACUGUACAGAAAGUCUGGUAAUGUAAAAUGCACCCUUUGUGAAGUAACUCUGCAGUGGUAGAUGUUUUCUCGGUCUUCUGUACCAUUGCACAUUAAAUGGCGUGUGAUGUCUUUAUUCCUUAUGUACUUCCUAACUGUGAGACCUUGGGUGAAAUAGUAGAAAUGAGAGAUUUGGCGUUAGCCAUUCUAGAGGACCCCAAGUCACGCCUGAAACCGAGGGCAAGAUGAAUAUAUGAAGAGGUGUUUCUGUUAAAGUUUCAUACCCAGACUACCUUUAUGGGUGAUUGUUAAAGUGCCUCAUCUUAAGUAUUGCUGACCUCAUACUAUUUAUACUUGACAAUUUGAUAACCAGGUGAUAGUGAUUUUCAUAUUUGUAAAAGAUUGAACAUCAGAUUUAUAUUGUUUACUUGACCUUUUAUAUAUGACGUGGUUGCAAUAUCCAAAACCUUCCAUACCUAUAAAAGUUGUAACUAGUUAAAAAUGAAUGUUUAUAGGUAAUUGUAACAUGUUUCUCUUAAUGGGACACUUCAAUAUUACAAAUAAAUAUGCAUUCUUGACCUAACUUCACUUA